GUCCAAUGAAAAAGUGCUUACUCUACGUGCCCUUGGAGCUGAAAUAAUUAGAACGCCAACAGAAGCAGCUUGGAAUAGUCCUGAAAGCCAUAUUAGUAUUUCUCAAAAACUACAAAAAGAAAUUCCUAAUAGCGUUAUUCUUGAUCAACAUAAAUAAGUAUAUUAUUCAUAUAUAGUACACAAAUAGUGGGAAUCCACUGGCUCAUUAUGACCAAACAGCAAUGGAAAUUUGGAAACAGUGCAAUGAAAAAUUAGAUUAUGUCGUAAUUGGUGCUGGUACAGGAGGAACUGUUAGUGGCAUUGGACGUAAAUUGAAAGAACUACAUCCUGAAAUAACAAUCAUUGCAGUUGAUCCUAUUGGCAGUAUUCUUGCAUUUCCAUCUGAAUUAAAUGAGCAUGAUGUUAGUUUUUAUGAAGUAGAGGGAAUUGGAUAUGAUUUUCUACCUACUGUGCUGGAUCGUAAUAUAGUAGAUAAAUGGGUAAAAGUUAAUGAUUGUGAAUCACUGAAUGCAGCACGCAUGCUUAUCAAACAAGAAGGAUUAUUAUGUGGAGGUAGUAGUGGUGCUGCUUUAUCUGCAGUUCUAAAAAUUGCAAAAGAUAUUCCUGCAAAAAAACGCGUUGUUGUUAUCCUACCUGAUGGAAUAAGAAAUUAUAUGACUAAAUUUGUAUGUGAUAACUGGAUGGAAAUUAGAGGCUUUUUGGAUAUACCAUCAGUAGAUGAGUCAAAUAAAUGGUGGUGCAAUUACACAGUUUCAACUUUAUCCAUAACUAAACCUCCUGUAUUAUCCAAAACAGCAACAUGUCAAGAAGCUAUUCAUAUUCUUAAAAUUACAAAUUCAGAUCAAGUUGUAGUUAUUGAUAAUGAGGAAAAGGUUAAAGGUGUUCUUACAAUGCAAAUACUUAUGAGUAAGCUAAUAUUUGGUGGAAUUAAACAGACAGAUUGUGUAGAAAAUAUUAUGAUAAAACAUUUCGUAAAGGUUUUAUCUACAACAACUCUUAUAAAACUUUCAUUAAUUCUCGAACAUGAAACUUAUGUAGUUGUUGUAGAUCAUAUAAAUAAUGAUGCUUUAAUUGGAAUUAUAAAUCCUUCUGAUAUUGUUAAUUUUAUUUCUAACAAAGACAAUGCUUUACAAACUAAUGGAUCCACAUAAGUUUUUGUAUAUCACUGUUUUUAUAAUUUUAUAUUAAUAAAUAAAUGAAACAAUAUAUAAUGGUAAA